AUGUACAUAACUAUGAUAGAAGAUAAACCUAUUUCUUAUCAGGAGAGCGCCACAGAAUACAAUACACUAGCCAGUAGUAAAAUGGAUCCAAUAUACUCUGGUGAACAUUGCGAAGCUUCUUCUGAAUACGUUACUGCAAUUUACUCGUACAUGCCCCAGCAUUCAGACGAAAUAAAUCUACGAACGGGUCAAAAAAUUAAGAUUUUGUCCAAAGACUGUCGACAUUCUGGAGCUGAAGGAUGGUGGGUUGGCCAAGAACCAAAAACAGGUUAUGUUGGUGUGUUUCCUAGUGGAUAUGUUUUAAAUGCAGAUGACAUUGCAAACAGUGAAUCUUCAGGAGCGAAUGAAAUGAAAGCUAAUUCUUUUGAACCAAAUAAAUGGAAUGAUGUCACAUUUGGGAUAGGUAACAAUACGGACAAAACUAUAACUGUAAAAACAAAGGAAGAGAUAUCUCUUGACAAAAAGUUACCCGACAGUGACGUAAUCCUUAGACACGGUCAUGUUAGAACAAUUCCUGCUACUGAGUUAGUGCAACAACAGUUUAUUGGCUCAGGAGCAUUUGGAAAAGUUUAUCGAGGUCUUUGGCGUGAACAGGAUAUUGCACUAAAAGUAUUUGAUCUAGCUACAAAUCAGGUAGACAAUGAAGCCUUGCAUUUGUGUAGAUUAUCUCAUCGGAACAUUGUGAGAUUUUAUGGGAUCUGCAGGUUAGACAGCUCUAAUUUCCCAGCACUUGUAAUGGAAUAUGCUUAUGGUGGUUCUCUGAACAUGGUUCUCAAUCAACGACCUUUAUUAGGUCCCCUUGUUCUACUUGAUUGGGCAUUACAGAUCGCUAGUGGAAUGGCAUAUUUACAUACAGAUGCCAGAAUUUGUCAUCGAGAUUUAAAAUCAUCUAACAUUCUUAUCAGAGAAGCUAUUCAAAAACCAUUUUCUCUAAAUGAACUUCAAAGGUGUACCCUAUUGAUAACUGAUUUCGGAAUGGCUUGUCGUUCUAGUCAACUAGCACCACAACAGUCUAAACUAGGCACUGUUGCAUAUGCAGCUCCAGAAGUUUGUCGUCAAGAGGGAUUUUCUUUUAAAUCGGAUAUUUGGUCAUAUGGUGUUGUGUUAUGGGAGUUGCUUACAUUAGAUAUACCAUUUCGCGCAAUGGAGCAACCUAGAUUAUUAUUUAUUAUUGCAAUGUAUAAUUAUACCCUGUACAUACCACCAGGCGUUCCAGAUCUCUUUGUCCAAUUACUUAAAGAUUGCUGGUCACCUACUCCUGUUAGUAGACCUAAAUUUGAAAAUAUUAUGGCUCGACUUAAAUCAUGCAAAGAUUGCAGUUUUGUAGAUUUAGAACCUAGUGAAUUAGCUCAAAUUCAACAGGAUUGGCGUGAACUUAUAGCAGUCCACUAUAAAGAAGAACAACAAACCGUAGCUGAAGCACUAUCAUCAUCGUUCAAAAGUGGAAGUUUAGAUUUUUCAACAGAACUUUUAACACAGCUGGAAAUGUUACGUGAUUAUCGCGAAUCACUGGAUAGGGUCAGAGCAGAUCUAGUAGAAAAAGCUCAUCAACUUCAUAUAAAAGAGGAAUUGUAUAAUCGAGUGGCUGACACAAUGGGUCAACAUUUUAUGUUUUUGGCUGUACUGGCUGCUAAUCAUUUUAAAGAUCCUACUCAUAAAAUUCAAACUGCUCAACCCAAACCUCCUCCACCUAGAAAACGUCCGUUUGUUCGUAGUAUUUUCAAGCGAUGGGGAACUAAUGGUAAUCCAUGUUCUACACAUAAUGACUACGUUAAUUCAGCUACUUCGUCCACUAAUAAUUUCCAAGUAAAGGAUCUUAAACGGUCAAUUAAUUCUUCACAAUAUACUUCUAAUAAUCGUUCACAUUUGAAUGUAAAUACAAAUAAUUCUUCAGAUUUGAAUAAUUCUUUUUGUGAUGAAACUCAAUCGAUUUCGCGUGACACAUCCAGUCGAGUUGGUUGUAGUCAAGGUGGAAUACCUUUAAUUUCACCUCCCACAGAUAUGAAACAUGUGGUUCAUGUGGACUCAGAUUGGUUUACUGGUCAAGGAUUAUGCGAGUCAACGAUGCGGUUAUUUCCUUCUGCUAAAAUCACAAGCUCUUCAUUGGGUUCAAAUACUGACAAAUAUCGUAAUAUGUCACCAGGUCAUUGUUACAGUCCUCAUAUAAGAACGUUUGUGAGCACUAAGUCGGAUAGUAAUAUGACAGAUAAAUCUAAUCCGAAGUCACCACGUAUUUAUUCUAGUGGAAAUAAUAUUACGGAUCUUCGAUCACGUGAACAGCGUUUUGUUGAUGUCCAAACAAACUCACAAAGAAAUUUGACUCGGUUGCCUAGGAAACAAAAUUUUAUUCGGAAAUUUGAAAGUAAAAACAAUUUAGAUUUCUUACAAAAGUCAAGUAAUCACUCAGUUGGGUUUAGUAAUUUUUUCACGCCGAUUAACUCCUGUUGCUAUGAUACGAAUAAUGACUUACAUCGUAGUGAACAUUCUCAGAGUGGAUAUCAUCACUGUAGACCCAUAAAACCCAUCAUAGGAAUUGAUAAUCGUAUGCGUAAUAAUAAUAGUCCACCGUUUUUUGAAAGACGCCGUUCAGCUUCUGGACCGGUUACCUUUUUUACUCGGUAUCCUAAAAUCAACGAUCAGCUCAAGAGUAAUCCUGAUGAAAGUUUACUCGAAGGGAAACUUAACGAAUUACUUUGUAUUAUUUGUGACCCUUCUAUGCCGUUACUAACAUCUGGUUGUACUCAACAUUAUUAUGGAAGAUCUCUGUCUACUACAACACCCCCUACUGCUUGUUUUAGCUCAGAUAUUACUGAAAGUUCUUAUUUCUUGAACCCCACUGGAAAUUCAACUGUUGAAAAUGUGUUGUUGUCAGCAUUUCGUCUUCUAGCUUCCUUUUGUUUUUGGGGUGUUGAACCUGAUAUUGAUGACGGGAAAGCGAAUUCGUUAAUUCCUCUCUAUUCUACAUCACGUUCGUCCCAUAAUUUUGGAAAGAUUUAUCCUGUUUCAUAUUAUACCUCACAAUCGAGUCAGAGUUAUAGUAGACAGAAGAAUUCAGUGAGAAAUGCGGCUAACUCAUCACUGUUAUUCGGACACAGCGAAUCUGAUUUUCAGCAUGUUUUCUCAGGUAAUUCAGUCUGUCCUAUUGAAAAGCGCAAGUAUAAAUUUUCAAUUCAAAACACACGACGUAUACAGAGCGCUGAUCGUCGUCGCAAUUAUAAAUAUAAUACUUCUUUAAAAUGUCCUGUUUGUGUAAAUAUGGGCCUUGACUUUAUCCAUCCAUGUGAAAAGUUUCCAGAUCAUCAAGUUGAAUUCGGGGACCCACAUUCGCCAUUUCUCGGUAUGCUGGCAGGAAGUGGAAGACGACCUAAUCCAUCUCCAAAUAUGAAGGAAAUAAAUCAUUCCAAUUUUCCAAUCAUCCCAUCAAAUGAAAUGAUUUCAAGUGAUAAGCGAGAAAACUAUUUCACUUUUCAACAUGAUAAUUUUUUGAAAGAUAUCAAUCAAAAAAUAGGUGGGCAACAACAGUGUAAGCAAAACAAGCGCAGUGAUAAUAGUAACAAUAAUUCCCAGCAAUAUACUCAUUGUAGCUUAUGUAAUAAUAAUCAAAUGGAAAUAGUUGAGAAAAAUGAAUCCACAGGUAACUUAAAUAAUGCAUUUUACUGUCCUCAUCUUUCUGUUUGCAUUGACUAUUGUCAAAAUAACACACGAAAUAAUGACAUAGAUGUAGCCACUAUUAAGACAACAUUGCCAUACAUACCAUCUUCACAUUUAGCACAAAGGUGGUCAUUUGAGCAUAGUAAAGAGUUACAUAAAGAUAUAUGCUCUUCAUUCUGUUCGUUUUUAUCGUGCCGAAAAUUGUCAAUUGAUUGUCAGUCGAGUAUGAUUUCGGAUUGUUUAAGGUCAGUAGAUAAACAUUCAGUAUCUGAGUCUUCUGGUCAUUCAAUCGAAAGAAAUUCUACUAAUCAGUUUUCUCAUUCUCUCGUAUCAAUGAAUCCUGUUGGUAUGUCACGUGAUGCGUACUUAAAGGCAACACAAGACGGUUUUCUUAAUCGGACCAUUUAUGAACCAUCUGAAGAUCCUGAAUUUUGUUAUUCCCCCUAUUCAAACCAGACAUCUCAAUCUAAUUCUCUCCAACGUUCCAGCGAUAAUCAGUCUUUUUCUAAUUCUGGUGUUUAUUCAAAUAUUCAUGCAUUGUUCAUUGAGAACGACUCAAAAUCUGAAUCUGGAUCAGAGUUUGAAAGUUAUGAUGAUGCAAAUGAAUUAGAUUAUCCCAAUUUUAUUUUACAUUCCUCUUCUUCACCUCCAAAACACUCUCAACAGCCCCAAAACUUUUAUUCACCUUCAAAAAUACAUUUAAAUGAUUCAGAUAAGCCCCCAGAAAAUAAUGACUACUCCCACAAUCUUAAUGUAAAUAUUGAUACCUGUCGAGAAGAUUAUGAUCGUGUAACUCUUGUGCCAGUUGAAUCCGGGGAACUAAGUAACGUAAUUCAACCAUAUUCAGAUAAUGAGGGAAAAGGAGAGCCUUUAGCCGAAUACUACAAUGGUAAUUCGACUACCAAAAUAACUGUAAAGAGGGUUCUUCAUCGAAGUCAAGCAAUUCGUGAGCGACACAGACCUACGUUUUUGACCCUUUUCCGAAACCGAUCACUUCCUAGCUGUGUAGACAGUGAUUGCUCGUGUUUGGAAUCCUGUUCAUUCGUCCUUUAUCCUUCAGAUAAUGGUGUCGAUGAAGUCUCUGAUUUUCCUCACAAGGCGAAAAGUUCCAAGAGUCCUUCUGGUCCAUUUGUUUCUCUACAUUCUACAUUCAUUUAG